CAAAGAACACCGAUCAGGUCCGAGAGCUUGGGAAAAACUAAACCAACAGCAAUCAAGCAACUUUGGGUGAUACACUGACACUGUGUUGAAGACUUGAGAGCUCUUCACAAGCCAAAGAUAGUUUAAUUGAGUCCCGGAGGUGCUGAAGAUGAUGCCCAGAGCGACUUGUUAUUAUUCUGAUUGCAGCAGCACAAGAGGUAUGCUGUUGCUUCACUCUACUUGUCUUGUUGCUUUGCUUCAUUUUCAAUCCUCAAACCCAGCCAAAUCUAGACAAACCCAGCUAGGAAAUCGGCCCUCAAAGCCCAGAGUGAGUAAUGUUGAGCAUGCCUUGAAGGUGUUCGAUGAAAUGCUUCACUCGCGCCCUCUGCCUUCUGUUGUCCGCUUCAAUCAACUCUUGGGCCAACUUGCCAGACUGAAACAAUAUUCGGCAGUCAUCUCUUUGAAUAGAAAAAUGAGUCUGCUAGGAAUCGCUUCUGAUGUUUAUACCCUGAGCAUUAUCAUCAAUUGCUACUGUCAUUUGAACCAAAUGGGUUUUAGUUUGUCUGUCUUGGGCCAAUUCUUCAAAUUGGGUCUUCAACCAAAUGUCACCACCUUCAACACUCUGAUCAACGGCUUUGUUCUCCAAAAUAGAGAGGCUGAGGCAGCAAGACUUUUCAGCAAAAUGGUAGGGGGAGGUCAUUCUCAGCCCAAUGGGGUUACUUUCAACAUACUAAUAAAGGGCUUUUGCGUGAUGGGAAACAACACUGUGGCUAUUCAGUUACUUGGGAAGAUGGAAGAAAGAGGAUGCCAGCCUGACAUAGUUGCCUAUAGCACCAUAAUCGACAGUCUUUGUAAGGAUACACUAGUUGAUGAAGCCUUGAAGGUCUUCUCAGAAAUGAUUAGCAGAGGUAUUGCUCCAGUCGUUGUUACUUACAACUCUUUGAUUGACGGAGUCUGCAAACUAGGCAAGUGGAAAGAAGCUAAAAGGUUGUUGAAUGAAAUGGUGAGUCAAAAUAUCUUUCCAGAUGUCUUCACCUUCAGUGUCUUGGUUGAUGCACUUUGUAAGGAGGGGAUGGUCGUGGAAGCCAAAACUGUGGUUGACAUGAUGAUUCAAAGAGGAAUUGAACCUAAUGUGGUUACAUACAAUUCCCUUAUGGAUGGUUACUGUCUGCGAGGAGAAAUGGACAAGGCGAGACAAGUUUUUGAUCUAAUAGUUAGCAAGGGCUACAUGGUUAAUGUUCAAAGUUGUAGCAUAUUGAUUAACGGAUAUUGUAAGCGUAAAAAGAUGCAUGAGGCAAAAAAAGUUUUCGACGAAAUGCAUCUUAGGGGACUUGUUCCAGAUACCGUUACUUAUAACACUCUUAUCGAUGGUUUUUACAAAGCAGGGAGAAUACAAGAGGCAGAAAAGUUGUUCUCUGAGAUGCAAGGUUGUGGCCCACUUCCAGAUCUUCAAACUUAUAAUAUUAUACUUGAUGGCCUAUGUAGCAAUCAACAACUUCCUAAGGCAAUAGAAUUGCUUAGAGAGAUUAAAGACAAGAAGUUGGAACUAAAUAUUGUGGUUUACAAUAUUAUCAUUGAAGGUUUGUGCAAAGCUGGGAAAAUUGAAUCUGCAAUAGAGAUCUUCUCUGGUUUGUCAUCAAAAGGAGUUCAGCCUGUUGUGAGGACAUACAAUAUAAUGAUUAAGGGACUUUGUAAUGGUGGCCUCUUAGUUGAAGCAGAAAAGUUGUUUAGAGAAAUGGGAGAGAAAGGCUGUUCUGCUGAUGGGGGGAUCUAUAACACAAUUAUCCGGGGGUUUAUCAAUAAUAAUGAGGCAUCAAGGGCUAUGGGACUUAUUCAAGAAAUGGUUGAGAGGGGUUUCUCUGCAGACGCAUCAACUGUGGAAUUGAUAGUUAAUUUAUUGUCUGAGGAUAGAGUAGAUCCCGCUUUGUUGCCAUUGUUGAAAAGUUCAUGAUAAAGUUGAUUUGAAGAUUUGAAGCAGAACUUUCUUAGUAUGACAGGAAGACUUAAGACUGCUACACCUUUGACUACCUUGCAUGUAUCAAUCCUCCAUUUGAUAACCCGUUGUCAUUUCGUUGUUGCGUUCUAAAUUUUAGUAUUGCUGUGCAGUACUCAAUCCUUAUUUAUAUAAAUGGAGACUGCAUCUAUAGCUGCAGGGAUAAUAAGCACAUCUGUGGCAGUAUCUCUCAUUCUCAUUCAACUGGUAAUACUUCCUUGUAAUCAAACUUGGAGUGAUUUUCCCUGAGCUACCAAUACAACUAGAAGCAAACUCAGAUCGAGUCGGCAACUUGUGGAGUGUGGAUGUUGGCCUGCACCGAACCGAACUUUUCUUUGGCCUGAUUUCGGGAAAGCUGCAGUUUCUGGGGGCCUUCAUUUCAUUCCAGCAAAUGUAUAGAUGUUUAUUUGCUUGGAUGGCAAGGAACCGAAGUUGCAAAUUCUGUAGGGAGUAACUGGGCUUAGAUUUUUGCGGCUAUUGGACGAGGGAGAGAUGAAGAGGGUACUGUGUUUGGU